GUGAGAUUGUCUAUGUUGGCUAUAUAGACUGUACGGACACAAAUAGUUGUGAGAUUGUCUAUGUUGUCUAUAUAGACGGUACGGACACAAAUAGUUGUGAGAUUGUCUAUGUUGUCUAUAUAGACUGUAUGGACACAAAUAGAUGUGAGAUUGUCUAUGUUGACUAUAUAGACUGUAUGGACACAAAUAGAUGUGAGAUUGUCUAUGUCGGCUAUAUAGACUGUACGGACACAAAUAGUUGUGAGAUUGUCUAUGUUGGCUAUAUAGACUGUACGGACACAAAUAGUUGUGAGAUGGUCUAUGUUGUCUAUAUAGACGGUACGGACACAAAUAGUUGUGAGAUUGUCUAUGUUGUCUAUAUAGACUGUAUGGACACAAAUAGAUGUGAGAUUGUCUUUGUUGUCUAUAUAGACUGUACGGACACAAAUAGUUGUGAGAUUGUCUAUGUUGGCUAUAUAGACUGUAUGGACACAAAUAGAUGUGAGAUUGUCUAUGUUGGCUAUAUAGACUGUACGGACACAAAUAGUUGUGAGAUUGUCUAUGUUGUCUAUAUAGACUGUACGGACACAAAUAGUUGUGAGAUUGUCUAUGUUGGCUAUAUAGACUGUACGGACACAAAUAGAUGUGAGAUUGUCUAUGUUGACUAUAUAGACUGUACGGACACAAAUAGUUGUGAGAUUGUCUAUGUUGACUAUAUAGACUGUACGGACACAAAUAGAUGUGAGUUUGUCUAUGUUGUCUAUAUAGACUGUAUGGACACAAAUAGUUGUGAGAUUGUCCAUGUUGACUAUAUAGACUGUAUGGACACAAAUAGUUGUGAGAUUAUCUUUGUUGUCUAUAUAGACUGUACGGACACAAAUAGUUGUGAGAUUGUCUAUGUUGGCUAUAUAGACUGUAUGGACACCAAUAGUUGUGAGAUUGUCUAUGUCGGCUAUAUAGACGGUACGGACACAAAUAGUUGUGAGAUUGUCCAUGUUGACUAUAUAGACUGUACGGACACAAAUAGUUGUGAGAUUGUCUAUGUCGGCUAUAUAGACUGUACGGACACAAAUAGUUGUGAGAUUGUCCAUGUUGACUAUAUAGACUGUACGGACACAAAUAGUUGUGAGAUUGUCUAUGUUGUCUAUAUAGACUGUAUGGACACAAAUAGUUGUGAGAUUGUCUAUGUUGACUAUAUAGACUGUACGGACACAAAUAGUUAUGAGAUUGUCCAUGUUGUCUAUAUAGACUGUAUGGACACAAAUAGUUGUGAGAUUGUCUAUGUUGGCUAUAUAGACUGUACGGACACAAAUAGAUGUGAGAUUGUCUAUGUUGACUAUAUAGACUGUACGGACACAAAUAGUUGUGAGAUUGUCUAUGUUGACUAUAUAGACUGUACGGACACAAAUAGAUGUGAGUUUGUCUAUGUUGUCUAUAUAGACUGUAUGGACACAAAUAGUUGUGAGAUUGUCCAUGUUGACUAUAUAGACUGUAUGGACACAAAUAGUUGUGAGAUUAUCUUUGUUGUCUAUAUAGACUGUACGGACACAAAUAGUUGUGAGAUUGUCUAUGUUGGCUAUAUAGACUGUAUGGACACCAAUAGUUGUGAGAUUGUCUAUGUCGGCUAUAUAGACGGUACGGACACAAAUAGUUGUGAGAUUGUCCAUGUUGACUAUAUAGACUGUACGGACACAAAUAGUUGUGAGAUUGUCUAUGUCGGCUAUAUAGACUGUACGGACACAAAUAGUUGUGAGAUUGUCCAUGUUGACUAUAUAGACUGUACGGACACAAAUAGUUGUGAGAUUGUCUAUGUUGUCUAUAUAGACUGUAUGGACACAAAUAGUUGUGAGAUUGUCUAUGUUGACUAUAUAGACUGUACGGACACAAAUAGUUAUGAGAUUGUCCAUGUUGUCUAUAUAGACUGUAUGGACACAAAUAGAUGUGAGAUUGUCUAUGUCGGCUAUAUAGACUGUAUGGACACAAAUAGUUGUAAGAUUGUCUAUGUUGUCUAUAUAGACUGUAUGGACACAAAUAGACGUGAAAUUGUUUAUAUAGACUGUAUGGAUACAAAUAGUUGUAAGAUUGUCUAUGUUGACUAUAUAGACUGUACGGACACAAAUAGUUGUGAGAUUGUCUAUGUUGUCUAUAUAGACUGUACGGACACAAAUAGUUGUGAGAUUGUCUAUGUCGGCUAUAUAGACUGUACGGACACAAAUAGUUGUGAGAUUGUCUAUGUCUGCUAUAUAAGCUUCUGUACAGUGCAAUAAAGGAAAUGUUUCCAUUCUUAUGUUGUAAUAAUGAUGAAACAUAGAAUAUAUUUACAAUAAACAAGAUUUCUCCUAAA